AUGGGGGGUUUAAUCAGAGCAUGCGCAUUUCCGACGAUGGUCUGGGAUUCGUCGUCGUGAGUACCAUUACUAAUCUGUUGUCCUCUUGUGAGGCAGUUAUAUGUAAAUCCUGUCUUGGACUGUUCCUCUCCAGCGCUCGCAGUUCCGUUUCACUAGGGGAGUUGAGAGUUGUUGCUUUAUUAGAACCUGGGAUUGUGAGCGUGGGAGUUAGUGAAUUUGAAUUUCGUUUUGGCCUGCCUGUAAAUUCGGUGAGAGGUUGAUCCAUGAGUUCUUGAAUUCUGAGGGGAGCUUCGCGAUCGUUACUUCGGGGAUAGGUCGGCAGUGUUCGCUUCGGAUUGUUUGUCGGGUUUGAUCGAGAAGUGGUGAGUGUGGUUCAGAGCGGUAUCACCUUUGUGUCUAGACUGCACUGCAGAGGUAUUUGAAUCCUUAAUGUAAUAGUGAAGACUUUGAUACUGUAGAAGGGUGAUACUGUCUUUGUCGUCGUCGUCUUCCGAGGUCGCAGCGCAGAGGAGCAAUUUGGAAGCAGUGGAUUUUGAAAGAGGCGCUAGCGGAGUUGAUAGUGUCGGUUCCUCGAUACACUCGUGCGAACUACCUCGGAAUUCAGGAAUCAUGUUCGCAACAAGGCAGCAGUCAGGCUUCGGCGACGAGAACAAGAGGGGUGAUGGCGGCAAGGCCGCAGUCCCUGCGAAAGUGUCAAGAUUCCGGCGUCUUAAUACGCCCUGUUCCUUACGUGCAGCUGUAGCUACCAUUGGCGCCCGCAACACUAGAGCUGCGCAAGCCAGUAAUCGCAGAGCACUCGGUGACAUUGGUAACCUUGUCGGUGCCAUGUCAGUCCGUUGCAAUGUUAGCAAAGACGGCGUUUUAGAGAAUGCAGUUGUGAAGCACGCUGCGCUCCAGGCGGAGGCUAUCACGCGUCCUAUCACUAGACGGUUCGGUGCGAACCUCCAGAAUCAGCAGGCAGCCGCGAGAGUUCCUCAAGCUGUGGUUCAACCUACUGAGGUAGCGAAAGCUGAACAAAAAGCUGUAGAUGAUGUCGCCGCGUGGGGCGCAACGAAGAGACGCACCACUCAACCAAAACCCAGGGAAUCCUGUGCUGCAAACGCUGAGUCCCAGGAUGUGUCGGCAGAUUCACAGGUAGUGUCUACAAAUAGUAGCGUUGCAUCCAACCAGACAGGAAAUCCGGCACGCCUGAGGGCUCAUGCCCGCUCGAAGGUUGUGAGGAAGGAAAAGGAGCAAACUCUCACUGCAACUUUAACAGAACGUAGCGAGGUAGCACGUCGUGUCUUUGAUGCCGAUAUGCAUGAGGCUGAAGAACCAGUCCCCAACAUUGAUGAACACGACGUGGGUAACCAGCUCGCUGUGGUUGACUACAUUGAGGACAUCUAUAGCUUCUACCGCAAGUCAGAAGUGCAGAGCUGCGUGCCUCCGGAUUAUAUGUCUCGCCAAUCUGACAUCAACGAGAAGAUGCGAGCUAUACUGAUUGAUUGGCUCAUCGAGGUACAUUUGAAAUUCAAGCUGAUGCCCGAGACGUUGUUCCUGACGACGAAUUUGAUUGAUAGAUACUUGUGCAUACAAAGCGUCUCUCGCAAGAACCUGCAACUAGUGGGAGUAACUGCAAUGCUUCUGGCAGCUAAGUACGAGGAGAUCUGGGCCCCUGAGGUCAAUGACUUCGUACAUAUCUCUGAUAACGCGUACUCUCGGGAGGAAGUUCUGACCAUGGAGAAGAACAUGCUCAACACUCUGAAAUUCAACCUCACGGUGCCAACGCCUUAUGUCUUCAUUGUCCGACUACUGAAGGCUGCUGCCUGUGAUAAGCAAGAGAAGACUGCAUCCACGCAGCUUGAAAUGGUCGCAUGGUUUCUGGUGGAACUCUGCUUGUCUGAGUACCCUAUGAUCAAAUACGCUCCGUCUCUGAUCGCCGCUGCUGCUGUGUACACUGCCCAAGUCACUCUCGCUAGGCAACCCCGUUGGGGACCUGCCCUCCAGCGCCACUCCGGCUACUCCGAGGCUCAGAUCAAGGAGUGUGCAUCGCUCAUGGCCAACCUUCACAGCAAGGCCAGUGAGGGCAAUCUGACCGUAGUGCACAAAAAGUACUCUCUUGCGAAGCUGUUGGGCGUGGCCAAGCUUCCCCACGCUGCUUCGCUGUGCGCUGCGCUAUCAAGCAGCUGAUUGACUCGGCUUGCGGACGAUAAUUGUCACUCCGUCUUACGCACCGGCAAAUGUGGUACCCUUAACCACUGCCUGAGUGAAAACCUCAUGCCCAAGCACAAGGAGAUGGCAACCACCCGGUACAUAUGAUGCUCCAAACCUCUUGGUGUACCUAGCCCUUAUACUUAGACCUGCUUAGACUUGGCUGAUAGCUUGAAAUACUUCUUUCUUUGGUAUUGCAAUUGGCAGACUCAGAACUUAGCAGCUAGCCCUUCUACCCUAGAAUCAAAGAUAAAGAAUUCCUUGGUCCAGUUUUAAAUCAAUUUGGAUCUCUCUUGUCUAGAAUUUGGCUGUGGUAGAUCGUCGAGCCGCUACUCUUUUAGCCUUUACUUAGCUGUACUUAAAUUCCAAACUCAGGAUCUAAGCAGCAACCCUCCCUUUUCUAUUGUAGCCACUCGCUGUACAGAGCUCGUUGAUUGAACGGCACCUGCGCCAUCAUCUGCCACUGCCAUCUGCAAUGAAACUUAUCUUUUCUUUUUGGUUACAACAGA